AUGGCAACGCUUCGGGCUCUCGGGACACCACGGCCGGACGGACCGGACCGGAGGGCCAGGCCCCGCCACCCCUGGGAGCCGGCGCUCGGGGCCCAUCCUAAGUUAUUCAUCUCCUCUCACCGCUGCUCUGGGAGGGCUGGCCGCCCCCGCCUCCGCCCUGGACCAGGUGAGCGCAGCCUGGUGCCCGUGCCCGGCCGACGGGGCGGGACACCCAGGGAGGCCACCUCUCCCCGCGCCCCCAGCGCCACCGCCACCGCCACCGCCGGGACAGUGUUUGCCAAGCGGGGAGGCCGCCCCCGGGGGGGCCGGCGAGGACCCCAGCAGCGGGCAUCAGAGGCCACCGCGGAGGCCAGGGUGGGCCAGGGAGCGAUGGGGGCAGAAGAGGGUCGCAGGGAGACCCCAGGCGUCGCCGGGGGACGAGGACGCGCGCCCGAUACUCUCGCAGGAGUGUCCCGCGAUCUGCCUGAUUCCCGCCGCCCGCCCCUCCCCUUUGUCCAGCGGGGACGCGCGUGGCCGUGGGCAUCCUCCGGCCCCUCCCCCCGCAGCCCGGCCCCUCCCGCCGCAGACCGCUCAUUGCUGUGCCCCCCCCCCAGAGCUAGAGAGAUGGGACCCCCCCCCCCCGCAGUGGGCCCGAGGGGCAGAGCUGGGCAUCCAUCCCCCAGCGUCCUGCCGUGUCGGGGCCCAGGGGCGGGGUUUGGGGAAGCUGGUGGGCCCCACCCCGCGCCCCCUCUGCCAGUGCCUUACAUCGAGGAGCGACACCCCCUCCCUGGUGCCUCCCGGCCCAAAGGGGGACCACAGUUUGCACUUUCAUCCCCCUCCACCCCCCCGCCGAAGUGGGGCACAGCCGGGAGGUGCAUCGCAGCUGGGCCGCCAGAAGGAGAGAAGGCCAGGCCGGGUGGGGUCCACGCGCGCCUGGACAGGAUGGGGGGGCGGUCUGGCUGGGGGCGGGGAGGGUCAGCGCCUCAGGGCUCCCUGCGGCCGUGGGGGGGGGGCCUCCCACCUGCUAAACAUUUUCCGUUGAGCCGCUCCGAGAACACUAAGCCUGGGGCCACCGAGGGCCCCCUCACCCCAGCUACCCGGCCCCCUCCAUGCCUCCACCCCGGGAUGGCCAUUUGGGUGGGGGGCCUGGGAGGGGGUGUGUGGUGUUUUAGGGUCACCAGGCCCAAACGCAGGGACCCCUCCCGGCCCAUCCCAGAGCCCCAACUGGCCUCCUGCUCUGCCUGGCGCUGGGGAGUCCUGACCCCCGCCCCCGGGCCCGGGUCAAAGCCAUGGCCCUGGGCAGGGCCUCCGCCUCACCUGCUCCCAGCCUGGCCCUCCCCUCCCUCUCCCGGUGAAACCCCGGUGCCCCCGGGGCCUGGCCAGCCUCCCCCCACCCUCCCAGACACCAGACUUUCCUCCCAAACCAGCCCAAGGGGCUUGGCAGACCCACUUGAUCAUAAAGAGAAAGGACCCCCCCCCCACCACCAAGACCCUUUCCCACCAGCCCCCACUCUCGCUGUCCGGAGGGGUUCAAGAACUCUUGGUCCGUCCGUCUGUCCCCAGGGCCCCUCCACCGGGUGGCCGCUGGGGACCAGAGCGUGGGCCGCUCUCCGGGAGGGCAGGAGGGGUGGGUCGUGCAGUUGGGGUAUCCGGAAGCUUCUCAGCCGGGAACCUUAGGGUGCGGGUAGGCGGGGGAGAGGAGGGGGCACCUGGCAGCCCCCAGCUACCUAACUUUGCAUGGUGCUUAGUUGAGGAUUCCUGUGACCUGGCUCGUAACGUCAGCUCGCGGCGGCUGAAACUGCAUGGCAAAUAAUACUGGCUCUAUCUCCCUCCCCCAGCCCUCCCCAGCCCUCCCCACGCCCACCCCCUCCUCUUUAAAAGAAAAAAAAAAAAAAAAAAGAUACAAAAAAAAAAAACUUAAAAAAAUUCCAUGUUUCCUAAUUUGCACGAAAUUUUCUACCACAUGAUGUGCCUUGCCUUCCGAAAAUAAGUAUUACCUUUAAACAAUAUCAGCGCACAGAUAGCUGCAUGCACUGCUCGUGUAGUUCAAAAAAAAAAAAAGACAAGACAAUGACAUGAAAUAAACAGUAAAAAUUGAAAAGGGAUGUAUUUCUAUUUGUAAAAAAAAAAAAAAAAAUUUAAGAUUUAAAAAAAAAAAGAAAAA